CCUGCCCAGCUGCCGGUUGGUCCUCCGAGCAGCUCUGGAGUGUAUUGACCUUAGGAAAUUCAGGAAUGUGACUCAGAACAAGGUGGCGACACCGGAGAGACGCGGGGGCAGGGUCGACCCCGCUGCCCACCAGCUGGUACGAGGGGCGGCUACGGUGGAAUCGAUGGCGGCGGCCGGCUCAAAGGCCCCGGCCCAGGGCCAUGUGACCUUUGAGGACAUCGCUGUGUAUUUCUCCCAGGAAGAGUGGGGGCUUCUGGAUGAGACUCAGAGGUUCCUGUACCUUGAUGUGAUGCUGGAGAACUUUGCACUUACCACCUCACUGGUUUGUGGGCAGGAAACAGAGGAUGGAGAGGCACCUUCUGUGCAGAGUGUUUCUGUAGAAGUAGCAUCCCAGGUCAAGACCCUAAAGGCAGGUCCAUCUACCCAGAAGGCGCAUGCCUGUGAUAUCUGUGUCCCAGCCCUGAAAGACAUUCUGCAUCGGGAUGAUCUGCCUGGACGGAAGCAGUGCUUUGUUAGGGCCUGUACAAAUCAUCUCCAGGAACAGAAGCAUCAUAGUACAGAAAAUCUGUUAAAAAGAGACCCAGUCAGUGCCUCUUUUGUGAAGAGCUGUUUAUUCCAUGUGUCAGGGAAUUCCCUCUUCUGUAGAAACAUUGGACAGGACUUCUCAGCUAAGUGGAGUUGUCUUCAGGCCAUCCCCAAAGAUCAGAAGCCAAACAAAGUUACAACAGGUGUAGAGGCUAUACACACUGGGAAGAGUUAUUGCAAGUCAAAUCAAUGCCAAAAAGCUCCCAGCCCCAAACACUCAUUUGUUCAGCACCCAAAAGUCAUUAAUGCAGAAAGAUAUUUUGAGUCUAGCAAAUGUGGGAAAGCCUUCCAAGACAAGUAUUCACUUGUUCCACUCCAGAGGAUCCACACUGUAGAAAGGCCUUAUGAUUGCAGUGAAUGUGGAAAGUCUUUUAGCCAAAAAGCUACCCUUAUUGUACACCAGAGAGUUCAUACUGGAGAAAAACCAUAUACAUGUAGUGAAUGUGGAAAGUCUUUUAGUCAAAGCUCUAACCUCAUUGAACACUGCAGAAUUCACAGUGGAGAAAGGCCUUAUGUGUGUGGGCAAUGUGGGAAAGCCUUUGGAUGCAAAUCCAAUCUUGUUCGGCAUCAGAGAACUCACACAGGAGAAAGGCCAUAUGAGUGUGCUGAAUGUGGGAAGUUCUUUAGGCAAAGCUUCAGCCUUGUUGAACACCAGAGAAUUCAUACCACAGAGAGGCCUUAUGAAUGCAGCCACUGUGAGAAAUCCUUCAGUCAAAAAGCCACUCUUAUUAUACACCAGAGAGUUCACACUGGAGAAAGGCCAUAUAAGUGCGGUGAAUGUGGAAAAUCCUUCAGCCAAAGCUCCAACCUUAUUGAGCACUGCAGAAUUCACACUGGAGAAAGGCCUUAUGAAUGUGGGGAAUGUGGCAAAUCUUUUAGUCAAAGAGCCACCCUCAUUAGACACCAGAGAAUUCACACAGGAGAACGGCCUUAUGAGUGUGGGGAAUGUGGGAAAUUCUUUAGACAAAAUUUCAGUCUCAUUGAACACCGCAGAAUUCACAUGACAACAAAGAUUUAUGAGUGUAGCCAGUGUGGAAAAUCCUUUAGCCAGAGAGCCACCCUUAUUAGACACCAGAGAGUUCAUACUGGAGAAAGACCUUAUGAGUGCAGUCAGUGUGGGAAAGCCUUUGGAUACAAAUCCAAACUUGACCGCCACCAGAGAAUUCACACUGGAGAAAGGCCAUAUGAGUGUGUUGAAUGUGGGAAAUUCUUCAGGCAAAGUUAUAGCCUUGUUGAACACCAGAGGAUUCACACUAGAACAAGGCCUUAUGAAUGUGGCCAGUGUAGCAAAUCCUUCAGUCGAAGAGCUGCCUUCAUUAAACACCAGAGAGUUCACACUGGAGAAAGGCCUUACAAAUGUGGCGAAUGUGAGAAAACCUUUAGUCGAAGCACCAGCCUUAUUCAACACUGCAGAAUUCACACUGGGGAGAGGCCAUAUGAAUGUGGUCAGUGUGGAAAAUCUUUUAGGCAAAAGUCUGUCCUCAUUCAACAUCAGGUGGUUCACACUGGAGAAAGGCCCUAUGAAUGCAGCAAAUGUAGAAAAUCUUUCAGCCAACGCUCCAGCUUCUUUCAACACCAAAAGUGUCACCAUGGAGAGGCCUCAUGAAGGCAGCAAAUGCAGAAACUCCCUCAGCUCAAGGUCUGACAUCAUUUAGCUCCUGAAAGCCCACAAUUGGGGUGUUAGCCUUGCCAGAAAUGUGCUAUUGAAUGAGCUUUUGUGAGGGAGCUAUUUGCUUGAAAAUGCACCUCAUACUUUCAAGCAUCCAGAGGAGUGAAGUGCCCUUGAUUUCCAUGCAUGUGUGAGGUGUAUGGGAGCUGGUCUGCACAUUCUACCCUUGUCUUUGGGGCCUUGUCAGAGAUAAAUGGCUGCCAUAUUAUUUCACAAAAGCCAUCACAUCUAGCUCCUUGCACAGUAUGCACCACUCACACCAACAUGUCAAGGGAAGGCAGAUAUCUGUUCUCUCCCUUCCCCUCAGAGACAUCCCCAGUAGCCUAAGACCAAAGAGUUACUUUUCUUUUUGGGUAUAUAGAGGGUCUGGUCAUAUUUUUGCUAGAAGGAUAGUCUGGGUUCUGCUGGGGGCUUGCAGGAAAGACAUAACUUCCUUUAAAUUUCCAGUUGCAUGUAACCUUUGUGAUCAAUUGUUUACAGAGUCCAUAUCACUAACCAGUAUCAUCUUACCAUAUUGCUCUAGUUUUCUAGGGUGUGUUCAGGCCUUGGAUGGAUGGAAUAUUAACACUGUGUGAAAGAUUGGACAACUUAAUAUAGAUUGCUACUUUGUGUGACUUAGUAGGGACAUUCUAAUGGCAGAGUAAUUCUCAUUCUGUUCUGCUAAAUUUAUGUUGCUACCCAAGUCCUCCAGUGGGACAUGCAGGAAUCCAUGGCCCAGGUUUGAGACUGCCUCUAUUAUACAAUGAACCCUUGACGUAAAAACUUAUUUAUCCCCAAGGGCUGGUUGUAACUCAAGUUGGUCAAUUGAAGGAUCAGGCUCCUCUACAUAGCCUUCAAAGUCUCUCUCUUGUACAGACAGAUCUCAGUGUCCUUAGACAUUGGCCCAGGAUUUCUCAACUUCCUACAGGAAAGGAUGUUGUAAUGUUCCUUCCAGAACUCUUAAGGGUUAAAUCUGAGACCAUCUGCAAGCACAGGUGGCUGGCAUUUGGGUCAUAACUCAAGACUUUGGUCAUAAGUUAAAACUAAAAUUCUGGCUAUAACCCAAGUUGUUUGUCAAGCCAAUCAUAACUCAUGGGUCCACUGUAUUUGUUUGUUCCUUUGUACCAGUGGUCACCCAGAAGAAGCAUCAUUUAGUGACUACAUUCAGCACUUCUUGGAAUACCCUGCAUUUAUUACAUUAUUCCCACAUGAUUGCACAUAAUGCCCAACAUUGUUGAGGGUAAACUUUUCCCUACAUUCUACAAAGAGUCAUGUGCUCUUAGGUCAAUAAUUUCAUAGGUUGAUAUCAAUAGUAAGAUGCAGGGUCAAGGUAUGAACAAGAAUUAGUACAGAGAUACAGAGUGUCAUAGGAAGUGAAGGAGCUGGCAGAAAACCAGGUGGAAUAUGCUGCUGGAAGAAAGGAUGGGAGGGGAUGGGAAAAAACAAGAUAUUUUAUGUACAGGUACAAAUUUCCUAUGUGAAUGUGAUCAUAUAAGAAGUAUAGCAAUAAAAUUAAUUUUUAUAAAAGUACACCUCAGAUUCUCAAAUAUGUCUCUCCACAACCACACUACUACCAAAUCUGUAUAUCCUAUAGUUUAGGAAGGUAUCCUAAGAAGAUUUAAGGUUUUGCAGAAUCCUGUUUUCUUUUUGGAAUGCUCAUCUAAGUCUAGUUACUAUAUAGACAAAAAGGGAGUCAGAAUGAAGUUCCAUUAUGCGAAAAAGUUUGUCUGGCAAGUAUUGCUAUUUUCGUCCACUGACACAAGAGUGCCCUUCCCCAGAUUUGAGGAAGAAGAUAAUAGUGUGAAUAUGAGUUUGUCAAACUUGGUUUCCAAAAAAAAAAAAAGAUAUUUUUCUCAGAUAAUUUUAUUAAAAAUGUAUUGAGGUGUGACUGAUAUAUAACAACUUGAAUAUAUUUGAAAUAUAUAAUUUAGGAAAUUUUGUCACAUAUAUAAAUCCAUGAAGCCAUUAUUAUGAUGAACAUACCGAGAAUUUAUCUUGUGCUCUUGUACAGUAUUGCUGGUUUCUUGAAGCCUUCAUAUGUCCACCUAUCUACUUUCUUUCACAGUGGGUUACUUUGUAUUUUUACAAUUUUAUAUGAUUGGAAUCAUAAAGUGUUUACUUUUCUGUUUUUCACGGAUAAUUUUAGAUUCAUUAAUCUUGCUUAUGUAAACUUUAUUUUCAUUACUGAAUAAUAUUAUAUUCUAUGUUUAUUCAUAUAUUAAUGCCAGAUGAAUUGUUUCCAAUUUGGAGCUGUUAACAAAGCUACAAUGAACACAAGUAUACAGUUUUUUUUUUGCAUACACGUUUCAUUGUAACAAAGCAACUUGUACACUUUGAACGUUUAAAACUGCACAUCACCUUUUCCUUUCCAGUGAAAACAAAAAAGAAUUUAAAAACAAACCAACAAAAUUACAAUAGAGAAUGUCAAUUCCAAAUAAGACGCUACAGGUUCUGCUGAUUCUCCCAUAGAGUGGCAGGGCUCAAGUCAUCAUUAGGAGAGGAGUUUAUUUUAAAAGUGUCAUCUUAAACUGCAAGGAUGGCUGUUAAUGUCACAAUUGAACAUGCCAAAGGAGAAGCCAUGUUGUCAAAUGCCCACUUAACCCACCCAAACAUCUCAAACCCACCCUUUGCUGACCUUCUAUACCCCAUUUUUAAAAGUUUUUUUCUUUUUUUAAAGAAGAGAAAGUAGACAAGUACAUGUUGGUAAAUGCUAACUGUCCAUAUUCACAUAGAGUCACAGUGUAAUCUCUGAGCCCAAUAUACAGAGAAAGGAGGAAAAGAGCUAGAUUUCUAUGCACUACUACACAGGGGCUGAGCACCCUCCAGCUUCCCACAGAGCUAAGGGAGCAGAAGGGUUUUCUUUUUUCCCACAGCACGAUGGUGUUGAUUCCACACAGUUUGUGUGAGACAGGAGGGGAUCAAAAUGAAUUUAGGACAGAAGCUGUAGAGACCCUUUUCCCAUUGUGUUCUGCUCAAGGUAUCUCCCCACAAAGUAAGUUGAGAACCAUGGUGUUUGAGAAAAGACUUCAAGAACAGGGCGACUGAGCACAAGAGGGGGGAAAAAGACUGCAAAUUGCUCCCAGGGACUGGAGAAAAUUU